AUGUCCAUGCGGAACGUUGUUUCUGCUUGGAACGAUGGUGUUGGGUCUCGGUACCAAUCAUACUGUACACUUCCGCGGCCGGAAGAGGUUGAUCCAGAAACACUUAGUGAGAUGCACUCAAACCUCCACGCAUUCUAUGGACCUACUAUACCAAAGGUAGUUUCUCGACCGCCUUCAGCGGCAUCUCUUGUGCCUGGGCUGGGCCCUGGUAUGGCCUCCGACUUCAUUCAUCCUACAUCCGCUUUCAAUGGAACUGCUGUGGGAAUGAAUGUGCCUCCUCCAACACCACACAAGCAAAGGGAGAUUGUUAGUUGGAACACUCUCAGUCUGAUUUGCAGCAUGCAAGUGCUCUGCUCACUUGCCAUUUUUGGUUUGGGAGUGGGUCGUAUGUUGCAAGGGGCAAAGUGGGCUAUUGGUAUAGAACUAGCCUAUGCCCUUGUAGCCAUGAUAGCUGGGUUAUCCGGAAUUUACUCAGUUCGACAGCGAAGCUACGCUGCUGCUGCUUUCGUUUUCACACUCAGUGCAUUUAGCACUCUUUUAGCUAUACCA